GCCGUUUGCGCCACCUGCUGCACCGACCCCUGGCUUCCUGGCGAACCCGCACCCACGCCCUCCGUGGCAGCCUCCAUCGCCGCCCUCAUCCACCCCACCUCCCCUCCCGCCUACCGCUGCUCCGUGCCUUCAGCACCGCACCUCGAUCCUCUGGUUGUCUGCGCCGCCCCGAUCGCCCGCCCUGUUCACCCUCCCUCAAAAAUAAAACCUGGAAUCGCCGGUCCAGUGGUGAUUUCGAUGAAAUCGUCAUUUAGAGCGGCGAUUUCAAUUUUUCACUUCAUCUGUCUAUUUGGUGAGCUGAGGUAGCCGCGCGGUAGUUUUGGAAAUAAGUUGGGGGACGGGAUAUUUUUGGAAAUAUAUAAUAAAAAAAUAAUAAUAAAAAAUCCCCUAUACCCCACGCCUCUCUCAAACGUUGCGCCGAGAUAGAGAGAGAGAGAGGGGUGGGCAGCCGGAGGAGAGAAAGAACUCCAGAAUCGAAGAUUUACAGCGAGUAGCGGCAGAGCGGAGCAGAGGAGGGGUCCUUCAAAACCCCCUCCCGGACGCCAUGGCAGGAGUCAAAUCGGUCGGCAAGAAACCCUGUGCAGCCCUCAGCGGCCCCAGAAUUUCAAAGCCACUCUUCGCUUCAGCCUUGCUGAUUCUUGAUUCAAUCUUGGUCUCCCUCAUCAUAUGCUACGUCCCAUAUACCAAGAUAGAUUGGGAUGCAUACAUGUCUCAGGUAGAUGGGUUUCUUGGUGGAGAGAGGGAUUACACGAAGCUGAAAGGGGACACAGGGCCUUUGGUUUAUCCAGCGGGGUUUCUCUACAUCUACUCUGCGAUCAAGUUUAUAACUGGCGGGCAGGUCUUUCCUGCUCAGAUUUUAUUUGGAAUUCUGUACAUUGUUAAUCUGGGCGUUGUUCUGUUGAUAUAUAUAAAGAACGACAUGCUUCCAUGGUGGGGUCUUGGGUUGCUAUGUUUGUCAAAGAGAAUCCAUUCCAUAUUUAUGCUUCGUCUCUUUAAUGACUCUUUUGCGAUGACCCUUCUCCACUGUUCCCUGGCUUUGCUUCUUUAUCAAAAGUGGCAUCUGGCUUUGAUUAUUUUCAGUGGUGCUGUGUCAAUUAAGAUGAAUGUGCUUCUUUACGCUCCCUCCUUAUUUCUACUGAUGUUGAAGGGAAUGACUAUUGAGGGGGUUUUUUCUGCCUUGCUGGGUGCUGCAUCAUUGCAGAUUCUUUUGGGUUUGCCUUUCCUGUUAACAUAUCCGAUUGGGUACAUUUCAAGAGCCUUCAAUCUUGGACGCAUCUUCAUCCAUUUCUGGUCUGUAAAUUUCAAAUUUGUUCCAGAAGAAUUUUUUGUAUCCAAAGAAUUUGCGGGUGUUUUGCUGCUGCUUCAUCUUACCUUGCUUGGAGUGUUUGCACAUCAUAGAUGGUCACUGCAUGAAGGAGGACUUUUCCAUCUGUUGCAUUCAAGACUUAGUAAUGCUGUAUCAAGACUCUUCUCUAUUCGACAGUUUCUUUCAUGCGAAUCAAGAUACAAAACUCUUAGUAGAGAACAUAUCACAACAGUAAUGUUUGUUGGGAACUUCAUCGGCAUUGUGUGUGCUCGAUCUCUGCAUUACCAAUUCUAUUCAUGGUAUUUCUACUCUUUGCCUUUUCUUCUAUGGAAGACGCCUUUCCCUACUUCUCUCCGGCUUGUUCUGUUUGCUGCUGUGGAGCUCUGCUGGAAUAUUUUUCCUUCUAACUUUUAUUCUUCUUUAUUAUUACUCUGUAUACAUCUCUCCAUUUUAUGGGGCCUCUGGAUUGCCCCAUGUGAGUAUCCCUAUGUUGAUGGAAAACCAUCCCAGACAAAGCAGGAAUAACCUCUUUCAUGAUGACAGCCAAGUUGUUGGUCUUCUUUAAGCCAUGCUAAUUGUAUCGCAAUUCUUACGAAACAACAAAAACCUGUAUCACAAUGCAAUUUUAGAUCUUGACUGAAUAGUUUUGAUGUCCUGCAUUGUUGAGGCUGUUCCCAUGCUUGUAAUGGAAAUGAUGUUUUACCUUUUUCUGUUAA